AGACCGUACGGAGAAGCACGCAGCCGAUUCUGUUCACUGCAAAAUCCCGAUCGCGCUUGGAUUAUAACUAUGACUCUGGAAGAGAUCCGCGGACAAGACAACACAAUGGAAAACGCAGAUAGGGUGCAAAGUGCAGGCGCAGCCCUGGAGGAGCUGCUGGUCGCUGCUAAGAAGCAGGACUACCUGACAGUCGGAGUUUAUGAAUCUGCUAAAGUCAUGAAUGUUGACCCAGACAGCGUGGCGUUCUGCGUCCUCGCCACCGAUGAGGAGUACGAGUGUGACAUCGCUCUUCAGAUCCACUUCACCCUCAUCCAGGCUUUCUGCUUCGACAACGACAUCAACGUGGUGCGCAUCAAUGACAUCGAGCGUCUGGCCGACCUCGUGGGUGCAGACGAGACCGGCGAGCCUAAGGACGCGCACUGCAUUCUUGUCACGAGCCCCAGUGCAAACCCAUGGAAAGACCCUGCUCUGGAUAAACUGAGUCUGUUCUGCGAGGAGAGCCGCAGCAUGUACGACUGGGUGCCCACUAUCACACUCCCAGAGCGCUGAAGUGACUCUCCACCAACGAUGCUUCAUGAUGAUGAAGAUGAUGAAAAGAAAGUAAAGGAGCUGAGCUUCAGAUGGGGGUGUCAAAAGCCUUUCUGCCUCACAUGUCUGGAUUAAGAGGCUAUGGCUGUAACCCCCCCCCCCCUGCACGACCUUCCGGUGCAUUCUGGGUCAGCACGUUGGUUCUGGAUUACCCUGAGGAAGGGUUCGAGUUCAGAGGUCGGGUGUAGGUGGAGUGGACAGAAAGCCUGAUGGACACUGAGAAGGAUUUUGGACUGCGCUGCAUAGUGCAUGAACAGAUGCUAAGUUUUGGCCCAGUUAUUGCCCUAGAUAAAAGGCAGUGGGGAACUGAGCAGAGAGGGUCACAGAGAUGGAGACUGUGCAGGAAAUGGACAUAUGAAAGUGGGGAGGCUGGACUGAAUCGCAUCAGAAAGGAUCAAGGAAGAUGUAGAAGUCUGGAAGAGGGUGUCUGAAAAUGUCUAAGUGGACUUUUUUUUUUUUCCUAGCGCAGCUAUCAGGAAGUUCUUGGAAUAAGCACAGACUUUGCUUGCAAAUCCUGAUUUGAGCUGUGUCUGCACCUGUGACACUUAUUCAUGGACUAUUAUUUUUACUUUUCAAAUAUGCAGACAAAGCAAUGCAAUAUUCAUCUGAACUGUACUCAUUUUUAAUGCUUUGUGAAUAAACGUUUGAA